UGUCAACUAAACGCUUCUACAACAAAAGGAAUCAAUCUCUCAUCCCUCCCAGGCCGUCAUCACGUUACCGUUGCAGUCACUUUUGCCGAGUCUUGACAGCCAUUCACAAUGUCUCACCAGAAGAACGAGAAGGACGUCGGUGACGCUCCCAAGAGCCACCGUAUCCGAAUCACCCUGACCAGCCGAAAGGUUCAGUCUCUCGAGAAGGUCAGCGCUGAGCUCAUUGAGCGUGCUCGCAGCAAGGGCCUCACCAUCAAGGGCCCCGUCCGUCUGCCCACCAAGAACCUCAAGAUCACCACCCGCAAGACCCCUUGUGGUGAGGGUUCCAAGACCUGGGAUUCCUACGAGCUCCGCGUCCACAAGCGCCUUAUCGACCUCCACGCCCCCACCGAGGUUGUCAAGUCCGUCAUCGUCAACAUCGAGGCCGGUGUCGAGGUUGAGGUCACCAUCGCUGCUUAAACGUGGUCACUGACCUAGUCAGUGGUCGAUGUGCUCGGCUUCGUCCUGACAUUGUGAAGGAAGGGAAUGAUGGGAACAUCAAGAUCUUGCUCACAGCAAGAGUGGUGGAUAUAGGAUACUCAGUUAUGAUUAAUGAAUCUCUGGGAACCUCGUGUUCUACCAUUCAAAACCAUGAAGACCAUGAUAUUGUUGUGUUGUCUGACAUGGUGACUUUGACUCGGCAUGUUUUGCGAACAGUAUUCAACUCGCUCUUAACCAGGAGCUGUGGACUAAGUAAAGCAUCCAUGUACGAAUCGAAAUCAACCGAACUUAUGUGUGGACGCAGGAUGCAUUGCAG